CCCUUGCCAGGCAGGCACCUGCGUGCCCUGCCGUGGAGGCCAGCGCGGCCACCUCCUGCUGCCGCUCCUCGACGUGGAGGACGACCCGGCGCCCUCCCUCGCGCCUCUCUCCUCUCUCCCUCGGUCCCUCUCACUUCCCCUGGUGCUCUCUCUCUCUCCCGAAAUCCCCAUGGCGACCAAACCCUCGUGCUCGCCGGCCGCCGUUUUUCUCCGCCGCCCCACGCCGAGCCACCACCGCCACCAGCUCCGCCUCGUCCUUCUGCCCCUCCCCGUCGAAGGAAUCGACGAGGGGAGGUCGCAGGAGCCCUCGCCGCACCCUUCUUCCCCGACGCCGGCUGCCCCCGCCGCUGCCGUUCCCGACCUCCUCCGCCGUCACCACCUUGUCCGACAACCCCGUGAGCACGAGUCCGAGAUGGAGGUCGAUAACGCCACCGAGCAGUACAACUCCGUCGACAGUCAAGGCAAGCCCUAACCUGGUCCAUACUUGUUUUACAAAUGUUUCCAUUCUGGUUCUUACAUAUUGCAUCCGAUUCCACUGCCUUUUAUCGCUAGGUAGAGUUAUACCUAUUUGAUGCAUGUUAUUACC